AUGGUGUUGAUUCAAGAAAUUGAGACUGAGUCAUGUGUUAAGCUGAUUUUAUGUUUUGAAUUCAAUUUCUGUUAUUAUGCUAUUGUUAGAAUGUCUUCGUCUGAGUUUGGUAGAAUUUGCAAAGACAUUAGCAGCAUUGGAGAUACAGUUGUUAUUUCGAUGACAAAGGAAGGUGUAAAAUUUUCAACCAGAGGUGACAUUGGUACUGCUAAUAUUGUUUGCAGGCAAAAUACAACUGUUGACAAGCCUAAAGAAGCCACAGUAAUAGAGAUGAAUGAGCCAGUAUCAUUGACAUUUGCCCUGAGAUACUUAAACUCCUUUACAAAAGCAUCUCCAUUAUCUAAUUUGAAGCAGGAGAGAACUGGAGAAGAAUGUGCUUUCACAGGAAAAGAAAGACGAGCAGAAAGUUGUGGACGCAAUAUGGGAAUUUUCUUGUUUAUGCAAUUUGUUUUCUUUAAUAUUCAAAGCUCAGUGUAG